AUGGACCAUCAUCAAAAUUCAUCAGGACUUCUUCUUGUUACAAUGCAACAAGAAUCUUCAAACAGUGGUAGUGCGAAUUCACCAUUUUUAACGCCAUCACCGUCCCGUGAAAUUCGUGGAUUACGUUUAUUUCGGGCCAUUAGUCGAAAAUUGGGCAAACGUUCUCAAGAAGAUUUAAGUUCAUCAUAUACCGGUGAAGAUGAUUCACGUUCUUCUAGUACUGAUUCCUGCUCAAGUACGUCGACGGGACGUUGCUCACGAAAAAAUAACAAAAAUACUUCAAAUCAUCAUUUAUCUUCCCAGCAAUCAAGCUUAGAUAAUUAUAAUAUUUCGCCAAAUCAUUUAUCAACGAGCAGUAGCAGUGGAAGUGAUACCGGAAGCGAUUCACAAGAAUCAAAAUCAAUCCGCCAUCGGCAUCAUCAUUCCACGACAGCUGCUGUGUCUUUUCGUAGAGUGUUCCAACAUUUAAGUUUACAUAAUAGUCAUCGACAACGUUCUCUCAGUUGUGAAAAUACUAAAGACAUUCAUUUUUGUGAUUCAAAUGAUUCAAAUAAUACUUCAUCGAAUACAAAACGUUCCAGUAAAAAAAAUCAAGUUCCAAAACGUAUUUUACGGCCACCAAUCACAUACACCUAUAUCCGUGGUAUGUCUGGUUUACCAACACAGCGUGUCCCAAGAUCUACUCAUCGCUAUCCUCACAGUAAUAGAACGUCAUCAAGUGACUGCUAUUGUAAUCAGUAUUCCACCAAUAUUACAUCAAGAUAUUAAAUUUAAAUUAUGUGACUUCAACAACAACAUAUCACAAUCUAAAAAAACACACUCAAUUGUCAAUUAUGUUGAAACAAACGAACUGUUUUUUAUAAAAAUGUUAAAAUUUAAAUUAAUUUCUUUGCUCAAGUAAUAUUCUAUUACAUUGUACCGAGUGUUAUAGCAAAUGACAUUGGGGGGCCAAUAAAAAUGCUACACCUAACGCCAAAUGUUAAUACACGCUGUAUAUGAUUGUAAUUCUAAAGAUGG